AUGGAUGUCAAAAUGGAGAAAAAGAUAAAGCACUACAGUAGCUACCAUAAGACACUGCUCGUCGGAGAGGGAGAUUUCUCCUUCUCACUUUGUUUGGCAAAGGCAUUUGGCUCUGCUUCCAACAUGGUAGCAACCUCCCUUGAUUCCAAAGAGUCAUUAAAAAGGAACUACUCACGAGCUUCAACAAACCUGAAUGAACUGGAGAACCUUGGUUGCACUAUUGUGCAUGAAGUGGACGCUCAUACCAUGGGAGGACACCCACUUCUCCAAAUGAAGUCUUUUGAUCGCAUAGUCUUCAAUUUUCCUCAUGCUGGCUUUCAAUAUUUCGAAGAUAGUUCGUGCCAAAUUGAUCGUCACCGGGGUUUGGUGCGGGGGUUUAUGAAUAGUGCAAAGAAGAUGUUAAGUAAAUUCGGAGAAAUUCACGUGACACACAAGACAGCCUACCCUUUCAGUAAGUGGGAAAUAGUGAAGCUGGCAAAGAAAGUUGAUUUGUUCUUGGACGAGGAGGUGCCGUUUGUAAUAUGGGAUUAUCCAGGUUACAUUAAUCUUAGAGGAUCCGGAUAUAACUGCGAUGGAACUUUUCCUAUUGGUGCUAGCAGCACCUUCAAAUUCAAAAAAGAUUGA